AUGCUACCUCGGCCCACUGCUGGUGGUUCCUCGGCGAUAGUACCGGUGGGUGAUGAAGUGCGGGGAUUGGAUCUAUGGGAGCCCUCGGGAUGGUCGGGCGGCCAGCUUGUAGUGGUUGGUGAUGAUACUAGGGGCCGUGGACAGAUGGCCGUCUAUGGUUCUAUAGGCCCAGCGGCCGCUGGUAGGGGCAGGGCUGGACAAAAAAGGCGUCGUUUCCAUCUAGGGCCCAGAGAGGAAAUACCCUACCGCCCACUACCACUAGUGGACGUUCCUGUUGGCCUCACGAUUUCCGAAGUCGAUCAGCUCAUGCGGGAGCUCAGGUUGGAGGACCUACGAGUGAAAGUGGCCAAUAAGGAGUUGGAGCUGGCUGAUGAGGAUCUGCGCGCACCCUCCCCACCACCCGUGUACAACAGUCUAGGGCAGAAGAUCAACACACGAGAGCUGCGAGUUAAACACCGAAUGCACGACGAACUCAAUAGACUUUGUCACUCCAUGAUGAAGACUGUGCCCAACUACGUCCCUCCUCCAGAGUAUCGGCAACCUAAGUACAUCCAGAAGGUGUUGGUUCCGGUGAAAAGGUACCCGAAUGAGAACUUCAUGGGAGUUCUUAUUGGCCCUAGAGGGUGCAAUCACCGUUUGUUGAAGGAGAUCCUCGAUUGUGAUAUCACCCUGAGGGGUAGAGCAUCUGGUGACAGAUCAUCGUCAACUUCCUGGCUGGCUGAGGAGGAUGCUAAUCUUCCUCUACACGUGCAUAUUAGUGGUAGUGAUGAGGAGCGAGUUCAGGAGGCGGUGGAGUUCAUCAAACAAUGCCUCACUCCUGGCAGUAGAGAAUAUGAAGUCCUCCAGUCCCGCGGCAGAGACGCCUUAGCGGUUAUAAACGGUACGGUGGGCAUCGGGUCCAAUUUCCAUCAACGUCAACUGCGUGUUCUGGAGGCCGACGGUCUGGACGAAAUUGAACGGUGGAGAUCACUAGCGCGGCAUGUGCGAUGUGAGAUAUGUGGGGAUAGGGGGCACCCUACUGUGGACUGCCCUCAAAAUAGGAUGCCUAGUCAUGAUGAACUCAUGCAGGACUGGAGACUUGACAAGGAGUAA